GGAGCGUGCUGCCUGUCACCGUAUCCCGGCGGCCGGGGCACCCUGCCUGGGGCUGGGCCGUGACGCCCAAGCGCAGAUGUGAGCCUUGGAGGAGCCAUCGUCGUGGUCAGGAACCGAGCAGGGACAAGGCUGGGCCACUCAGAAGCACCUGAGGACUGAUCAAGAGGAGGGAGGGCCCGUGACCAGGCAUCUGCCUGAGCCGCACACCUCACCUGCUUGUCCAGCUGCCGCGGAGCUGAGCGGAGCCCCCGGGCCUGACUCGGCCCCUCCCUGGAGAACCGACUCAGGGAGCUCUUAGGAUGACUGUCCCACCGGGCAGCCUGAACACGAUGGAAAAGACUCAGAACAUGACAUCGAAUGAAUGCUUCCCUUCCCGGAGCACCGUCUUGCAGGGACAGCCUUUUGGGGGCAUCCCCACUGUGCUGUUCCUCAAUAUCUUCUUGUGGGUGGUCAUCAUUUUGGUUUACUCCUUCCUCCGGAAAGCCGCGUGGGACUACGGGCGCCUGGCUCUGCUGAUCCACAAUGACAGCCUGACUUCACUGAUCUAUGGGGAGCAGAGUGAGAAGACAUCUCCGUCAGAUAUUUCCCUGGAGAUGGAACACAAGGACAAGGGCUUCUAUUCCUGGUUCUUCAACACCGUCACCAUGAAGAAUGAGGAUCUGAUCAGCAAGUGUGGAGAUGACGCCCGCAUCUACAUCAUGUUCCAGUACCACCUCAUCAUCUUCAUGCUUAUCCUCUGCAUCCCGUCCUUGGGUAUCAUCCUGCCCAUCAACUACACCGGCACCGUUCUGGAUUGGAACAGCCACUUUGGUCGGACCACCAUUGUCAAUGUCUCCAUAGAGAGUAAGGUCCUGUGGUUGCAUAGCUGCUUCUCCUUCCUCUACUUCCUCCUCAACCUCGUCUUCAUGGCUCACCACUGCUUAGGGUUUGUGCCCAAGAGGAGCUACAAGGUCACGAGGACGCUAAUGAUCACCUAUGUCCCCACGGACAUCCAAGACCCGGAAAUCAUCAUUAAGCAUUUUCACGAGGCUUAUCCUGGGUGCGUGGUGACCAGAGUCCACUUCUGCUAUGACGUCAGGAUGCUGAUCGAGUUGGAUGAUCAGAGGCGCCACGCAAUGCGGGGCCGGCUCUACUACACGGCCAAGGCCAAGAAGAGUGGGAAGGUGAUGAUCAAGACCCACCCCUGCUCCCGCCUGUGCUUCUGCAAGUGCUGGACCUGCUUCAAAGAGGUAGAUGCAGAGCAGUAUUAUAGUGAGCUGGAGGAGCAGCUGACUGACGAGUUCAACGCUGAGCUCAACCGCGUUCGGCUGAAGCGUCUGGACCUGAUCUUUGUCACCUUCCAGGACGCCAGGAUGACGAAGCACAUCCGAGAAGAUUACAAGUACAUCCAUUGUGGCGUGCCCCCCCAGCAGUCCUCUGUGAGCACCAUUGUCAAAUCCUACCGCUGGAGGGUCGCCCUGGCCCCACACCCUAAAGACAUCAUUUGGAAACACCUGUCCGUCCGCCGCUUCCAUUGGUGGGCCCGCUUUAUCGCAAUCAACACCUUCCUCUUCUUCCUCUUCUUCUUCCUCACCACGCCUGCCAUCAUCAUCAACACCAUCGACAUGUACAACGUCACCCGCCCCAUUGAGAAGCUGCAGAGCCCAGUCAUAACCCAGUUCUUCCCCUCCCUGAUGCUCUGGGCAUUUACAGUGAUAUUGCCUCUGAUUGUCUACUUUUCUGCCUUCCUAGAGGCCCACUGGACCAGAUCAAGCCAGAAUCUGAUCAUCGUGAACAAGUGUUACAUCUUUCUGGUGUUCAUGGUGAUUAUUCUGCCCUCUAUGGGACUGACCAGUUUGGAUGUCUUUUUCCGGUGGCUCUUUGACAUCUACUACCUGGAGCAGGCGUCCAUCAGGUUCCAGUGUGUGUUCCUGCCGGACAACGGCGCCUUCUUCGUCAACUAUGUGAUCACGGCGGCUCUGCUGGGCACAGGCAUGGAGCUGUUGCGCCUGGGGUCCCUCUUCCUGUAUAGCACCCGCCUCUUCUUCUCCAGGUCGGAGCCAGAGAGAGUCCACAUCAGAAAGAGCCAGGCCAUCGACUUCCAGUACGGGCGCGAGUACGCAUGGAUGAUGAACGUCUUCAGCGUGGUGAUCGCCUACAGCAUCACCUGCCCUAUCAUCGUCCCUUUCGGGCUGCUCUACCUGUGCAUGAAGCAUGUCACCGACCGCUACAACAUGUACUACUCCUACGCGCCCACCAAGCUCAACGAGCAGAUCCACAUGGCUGCCGUCUACCAGGCCAUUUUCGCACCGCUCCUUGGGCUGUUCUGGAUGCUCUUCUUCUCCGUCCUGCGGUUAGGUACACUCCACACCAUCACCUUCUUCUCCCUGUCCACGCUCAUCUUUUCCAUGGUCAUCGCUUUCCUUAGCACCCUUCUGGGGAAGCUCCAGGGGGUAUCUGACUAUGAGCCCGAGGAGGAGAUGGAGACUGUGUUCGACAUGGAGCCGAGCAGCACCUCCUCCACGCCCACCUCCCUUAUGUACGUGGCCACUGUGCUGCAGGAGCCGGAGAUGAAUCUGUCCCCUGCCUCCUCCCCCGCUCGGCACACCUACGGCACCAUGAACAGACAGCAGGAGGAGGACGAAGAGGAGAGUGGUGUGAGGGGCUUUGCACAGGAGCUGGGCUCCGCCCAGUUCCAGGAAGGGCUGGAACUGGAGGGCCAGAGCCAGUAUCACUGACCAGGACCCAAGGCCUCCAUCUGGCAACUCCACGGGAGCGGCGGCCAGGGGAGGGCCCAGCAGGGGGAGGCAGGAGGGCCACCGGGCCCUCCCCACUACCUCCUGCAGACUUUGUGAAGGCCUCAACGGAGACACCUGUGCCCCGGCUAUUGGCCACACGGAGGCCCGGACCUGCUGACCAGCUUGAAUGGGAGGUGCUGGGCAGUGCAGAGGGAGC